AAUCAAAAAUCAAAUGGCGCCGAUCUAAUGUCAGAGAAGCGUGUGUUAUUUUUUUAAGACAAAGCGUACAUUUUUGAAUAACGUCAUAAAUAAGUGAGGAAUAAUGUCGCGAGACCAUAGAAAAGAUGGCAGAUUUUAUAACAGAGAGAGAGAUUGGGAUAGAGACAGGGAUCGCGAGCGUGAUAGGGACAGGGAUCGUAAUCGGGAUCGGGACCGCGACCGGGAUAUGCGCGAUCCACGGGAUUAUAGGAGCCGUCCUAUGCAUAAACGGAGCCGUACUCCUCCACGAAGAGACGACAGUGACAAGCGAAGAAGCCGCUCACCUCGGACCAAGAACGAAAAAGAUCUCCUUGAUGAGAACAUACUGAGCGAGAUAUCGAAAUUACCCGAACCAAGUGAACUAUGGGACAAUCAACAGUUUCAAGACAAUGUAGGCUUUCAACAACCGCCCCCUGGCUUUCCACCGCCUGAGGGUGUACCACCAAUACCAACAGCACCAAGCUACAAUGCAAAUUAUCAGCCAUCAUACUCUGGUAUCUAUGAUGACUUCCCAUCAGUGGGUGGGGUACCUCAACCCCCAGUACCUCCAGACAUGUCUGCAUGGAACCAGAUGUCGUUGCCCCCACCUCCUCAACAGCCACCAGCACCCUUCAUCAACAAUGUUGAAGAUCAGAUCAAGAAAGAAGCUGCAAUCGAAUCAGAAAUGCGACAUCAGAAAGCAGCAUUGUCCAAACAGAGGGAAGAUUACAUAAAGAAAGCAAAUAUACUCAAGAAGGAGAUGGAGACAUUGAAAGAUCAACGGAACGAACUACGAGGCGACGCGAAACGAUCGCCGAGCCCAGACACCAAGAGGUUUUUGAAGGAAAACACCAAGUUACAGUUGGAGAUACAGAACAAGUUGAAGACUAUCUACAAUGUUGUGGACAUGCUCAACGGGAUCAUUGGCGAGGACGUACACGAGAUUGUCGACGAGGACAACAACGACAACGCAUCCGAACGCAACUCCAAACGGAAAUCUAGGUCGCCAUCGAAUAAGAAAUUCAACUAUGUGUACUACGAUCCUGAGAUGCACUGGUGCCGCGUCUGCAAUGAAUUCCCGCCGACUGCUAAGGAUUACCUGAACCAUUUGCACUCUCCUGCACAUCAUAAGAUGGCCGCAGCACACAUGGAAGCCCCGUGGCACACCGUGUCCGGCGUCAAUGAAGGAUUCCCGAGCUUCCCUGCGGCACCUACUAAACGCACGCCUAUUAAAGGUCUCCAGUUCUUCGUGCCCUCUACAGCAUGGUACUGCAAGCUGUGCGAUCAGUUUAUUGGUGAUCUCCAUUGUGCUUCUGCACAUCUCAAAUCUGUUAUACAUUCCAAGAAUUAUACUAAUUUCGUAGAACAAAACCCGCACUGGGAAACAGACUGGAUGUCGGACCGCCAGAAAGCCUUCGAGAAAUCCCGGGCUACUAAAGGCAAGUCCGAUGAAAAACCAGCCCAGUAUACUGCCCAUACCAUUACAUUUAACAAGGAUGGGUUCCAUACGAAGCAUAAAGAGUCUCCUGCCCCUCCAGAAGAGAAAAAGAAGAAGGAUAAGAAGAAGAAGAGUAAGAGAAAGAGUAGCAGCAGCUCAUCUAGUGAGCCCAGCAGCUCGGAUAGUGAGCCUGUUAAAAAGAAGAAGGCUAAAGCUAAAAAACAAAGGAGUAAAUUGGAAAGCCGGGAUGACAAGACCCUCACGGAAUGGAUGUCCAAUAUACAGAUGGACAGGCUGAAUGAUAAUGAUCGGAAACUGCUGGACACGCUUAAAAGCAGAAUGAAGAAAGAAAAAGCAGAUGAAGGCAGGUCACCCGACCGAAGCGAUAGAGAGCGGACCAUAGCAGAGUUAUCGAGGAAAAUGAGAGAGAGUGAACGUCGAGAAACUCGCGCCCGUGAGGACCGAGACCGGCGCGAUGACAUGCGACGCCGGGACGACCGGAGGGAGGAACAGAGGGAGAGGGAGACCACGCCCCGACUCGAUACUAAGAAACCGGAGAUCAGGAAGAUGCCCUUCAUAGGAAAAAUGCCUGUUUACAAGCAUUUGGGAAAGAAUUCCAAAACCGAGGAACAGAAAAAAGAAGAACAGAAGAAGAAGGAAGAGGAAGAAACUACCAAGAAGAGGAGGGAGGAGAUGGAUGCUGAAAUACAGAAGAAGGUGGCGGAGUUCAAGGAGAAGAUAGCUCGCGCGCAGUUGGAGCGGCAGGCGCAGGUGGAGCUGGCGCCGCCGACGCUGGCGCUGCCCACCGCGCUGGCCGCCGCGCCCGCGCUGCCCUACCUGCCGCCCGCGCCCGCGCCCGCGCCGCCGCAACUCAUGCAACAAACUCCGCAACCUCCUCAGCAGCCAACUCUUCCUAAGGACUUCCAGGACGCACUGGACAUUAUCUUCCCAACGGAAGUCAAGCCAGAUCUCUCGCAAGGAGACGGCUUGUUCCCAUUACCUCCUGGCUUCGUCCCAGGCCUCGGAGGAGUGAUGCCUCCCUUCCCGCCCCUGCCACUUAUGCAGACUCAGAUGACGCAAAUGUUUGGUUUCGACCUCAACGCUCCACUGUUCCAGCCGCGACCGCAACUGUACGACACUCAUGUGCCCCUAGUCCCCAGCCCCAAACCUCGGCCACAACACAACAAGAAGAGACAACAACAGCAUAAACCUGAACAGAGGCCAAAACAUGAACCACCUCAAAAGCCUAAAGAAGAAGAGCAGAACGGAAAUAUUGCGAGAAAGAAGGAAGAAAUGGAUGACCUAGCUAUGUUAGGUAUUGAUGCUUCAGAUGUAGGCUGCCUCUAAAGCGAAUAUAGUUAUUGAUGAUGAUCCUCGUUGCCAAUACGUUUUGAAGCCAAAAGUUACUUAAGCACCUCUUAUAUACAAUUUGUCUAAUUAUGUUAUCACACUAAACUAGACCUUAUUGCAAGUAACUACUAGACAUUAUUUUUGCAAGGAACUUUUCAUAGUACCUAUUAGAAUUUUCAAUCUGAACAUUAUCUUAUUGACUAGCAAAUACUACUACCAAGUACAAGACUAGGUUCGGUUCCCCAAGUCUGAAAACUGUUACUGGAUUAUUGUAUUUUGAAAAUCUCAGUAAGUUUUACUUUUGGAACGUGUCUUGUGUUUGGGCAGUAGACUCGAACUUUGUAACUUAGAACUCACACAUCACUAGUGUAAAGUGGGUGUACUGGAAGUAUGCCUUUGCUUAUUUACUUAUUUUAAAACAUAGUAAAUCCUUAAUCAAUAAGAAUAUAAUUGUAUUAAAAAGCUCGAUAUUCUAUGGUUGGAUUGAAUUUAAACCAUACCUACCUUUUACGGUACUUACACUUAGAUCCUAAUAUAUCAAUUUGCAAUAAUUUAUCUCUGCGAGAUUUAGUUUAAAGGGCAUUACUUAACUAGGCUUUUAUGAGCAUUUCUGUCAAUUACUAUCAUGUACUAAGAUAGGCUGGAAGGGAAGGCAUUGAAAUUGUAUGAAUUUUUUUUACUAAGAGUUAAUUUAAACAAUAUCACAAUUAAAAUUGUUUAGAAUUAAAUGUUCUCUGUGGUAGAUAAGUCGCAAGCAUAAAAUGGCAACUUACUAAUGUUUUCUAUAUGAACUACUGUAUUAUCUUGUAUACAUAUUUAUGUAUUUUGUUAAGCUAUGUCUAUAGUUUUAUCUGAUGACUAAAGCUAUUAUCAAUUUGAUCCUUGUGUGACGGAGUAAAAUCGUUUUGUAACUAAGAUACUGUUGUUUCAUAAAUAAACGAUAAAAUUAAA